UUGAACAAUGGGCCGUGUUAUCCGGGCACAGCGUAAGGGUCCAGGUGGUAUUUUCAAGGCCCAUACCAAAAACAGGAAGGGAUCUGCCCAGCUCAGAGCUGUGGACUAUGCGGAAAGACAUGGAUAUGUGAAAGGUGUUGUUAAGGACAUUGUCCAUGACCCUGGUCGUGGUGCCCCCCUGGCCAAGGUUACAUUCCGUGAUCCUUACAGGUACAAACUUAACCAGGAGACAUUCAUUGCCACAGAGGGCAUGUACACAGGACAGUUCAUCUACUGUGGAAAAAAAGCUACCCUGCAAAUUGGCAACAUUCUGCCAGUCGGUUCCAUGCCUGAGGGAACAAUUGUGUGCUGUGUUGAGGAGAAGACCGGGGACAGAGGCAAGCUCGCCCGUGCGUCUGGAGACUACGCCACUGUCAUCUCACACAACCCCGACACAAAGAAGUCACGAUUAAAGCUGCCAUCGGGCUCCAAGAAAGUUGUACCUUCAGCCAACAGAGCUGUUGUAGGUAUUGUUGCUGGUGGUGGACGUAUUGACAAGCCAAUCCUCAAGGCUGGCCGUGCCUACCACAAGUACAAGGCCAAGAGAAACUGCUGGCCUAAAGUCCGUGGUGUGUGCAUGAACCCCGUUGAGCAUCCCCACGGUGGUGGUAACCAUCAGCAUAUUGGUAAGGCCUCCACAGUCAGACGAGACUGCUCUGCUGGUAAAAAGGUGGGUCUUAUUGCCGCCAGAAGGACCGGUCGUCUGCGUGGUACCAGUUCUAUCAAGGCAAAGGACAAGGAGUAAAAGUGUUAUGGACCUUAACUUAUCGAGCCUUUCUGACAUAUAUGUGUACAGCAGGCAAAAUAAAGAAAGAAACAAG